CUUCUCAAUCAAGAGUGAAAAAGAGUUUGAGUCAACUUCACUGUUACCGUCGUUCCAAGCGGUUACACCAACAGCGAGAGCUGUGAGAGCGAGAGUAGAGAAUAGUUUCAUUUCUUUUCUGUUUAGAUAGUUGUAGUAUAAAAGACAACGGCUACCGCAUUUAUGCGCUCUAUAGAGCACAGCAAAGAAGUGUUUUACAUCCGAAAUCUAAUUUUAGCUAACUGUGUCACACGGAACGCAUUUCAUAGAUGGAAUUAGAAGAAGUGCAAGAUAAAUUUAUAACAAAGAGGUAUCAAGUGGGGGCUUUUAGAUGUGCUUCCGGUCCGUCAUCACUCUCACGAUUGAACCUGUACCAGCGACCUGUGUGAGCUUCUCAUGCCAGCUGAGGAAGACAUUACCAAUUUGCUCAGCUACAGGAAGAGACAUGCACUUGUAGAUAUAUUUCAUCAGGUUGUCCUGUUGAUUUGGCUGGAGGUUAUUGAUAACGUUGGAUAUAUCAGAUGUUCUGGUAGAUGAUAGGAUCUGGAUCACAGUGUCGGUGUUAAUCUUCCUCGCUGAAUCGACUGUAGGGCCAUAUGGAGGGUCAUCUAGAAUGAGACCGAGAGCAUUUGUGACGUCUCCGCUUCACUAAUCCCCGUACUUGUGCUUGUAAUGAGGUGAAAUAGGAUAACGCAUCCUGCUCAGAUCUUGGAUCAAUCUCGAGGAGAUCAUCAUCGUUUAGAUAAUCAUCUUCUAUUGCAUCUAUAUCGAUCUUUCUAAAAUUGUUCAUCUCUUGGUUGUAGAAAUCCAAGAUGCCAGCAAAUAAGAUGUCCAGAAUACAGCUGGGUGUUAGAAAUCGUAGAUUAAUGGUUUAUUUAGAUUUGGAUGGUAAAACGAUGGUUAGUCAAUUGGGAGAUAUCUACAGAAAUGCUGUAAGGGAUUUGAUAGGAAAUGUACCAUCAGAUGAAAGAGAUAUGUAUCCUACGAUAGAUGGCACUCUCGCAUUCUACAAAGCGAACAAUCUCAACACGGCUGAGUCGAAUGACACGCUGGAGUACACACUAAUAAAGGAAAGUCAGAAGAUAGAAGAGACAGGAUUGAGAGAUUUGGAUUACGUUUUUGUCGGUGUAGAUGGAACGCAGCCAGAAGCUGAACUACCAAUGUUUGAACCAGAAGAAGAUGUAUAAUUAAUAUUAUUUUAAAUAACU